AAAGGGAGGGGAGGGAGUCAGGGAGGGAGAGAAAAAGGAAGCUCUCCGAUAAGUUUUUUGUGUAUAUUUCUCCAAAGUUACACAAACUUUCACAAGCCGAAGGUAUGAUUGGAGGCCGUGUCGGGCUCGACAUGCUGAAGAGAGUUAUUUGAAGAGGAGGACGGACACCAGUUAGUCUGCAGUUGUGCACAGCUGAUGACAACAUCAAAUAUUAACACUUUCUAAGGCCUUGGGCCUCGAGUGACUACAGAGAGACCCUGGACAGAGAAAUAGAGAGACAAUGUCCUCUGACUUGGACUCCAGCCUCACCAGUAUUGACUGGCUGCCUCAGCUGGGAAUCAGCAGCCUGCGCUCGGGGAAAGAGAGAGGAGGAGGAGGAGGAGGGGAGAGGGAGAAGAAGAAAGACAGAGGGAGGGAGAGGGGAGACUUCCUACCCUCUGUGCAGGACCCCUCCCCUUCAAACUCUAAAGGGAAACCUCCUCACAGCUACGCCACUCUCAUUGCCAUGGCAAUUGCAGCUGCACCUGAGAGGAAGUUGAGUCUGAAUGACAUCUACACCUGGAUCAGUGACACUUUCCCUUACUACAGCCGUGCAGGCCGUGGAUGGAAGAACUCCAUUAGGCACAAUCUGUCUCUAAAUAAAUGCUUCAGGAAAGUCCCUCGGCCACAGAACGACCCUGGCAAGGGUUCCUACUGGACAAUGGACGGACCUGCAGAGGUGAAUCAAGUGAGGGCACCUAAACGUCCUUAUCCAGAGGAGGAAGAGAGGCAGGAUGCUCCUGAGGUACUUGUGACACAGUCAGACCGAGGACCCUCCCCUCAUCAACCACAACUGACCCCCCACACAGACCGCCAGCUUCUCAACCCCGAGCCACUGGGAUCCAUCAAACAACAAUCGCCCCAGUCCACCUCCCUCUCUCCUCCCCCAUGCAAGCAACCGUCACCCUACAUGCCAACCUCUGUCUCCAGUUUCCCCGUCCCUCAUCCAUCUGUCUCUCCCUCAGCUGGGCUCCCACCUGCUGCCCCCAUGUCCUCCAUGAAUUCUUUUCCACCUCCCCAUCCACCCGGAGGCCCCACUCUUUCCAUCCCCGCUGCUUCUGCUACACCUCUGUCCGCUGCCAGCAUGUCUACAUCUUCUCCAGCUGCUCCCUCUUUCUCUGUUGCCGCUCUGUCCUUCCCAGCUAAUCCAGGACCUGUGGCUGUUUCCACUUUCUCCUGCGCCCCCAACACGAUGCAUGUGCCUGUGUGCAGCGUGUCGGGCCCCGCUCACUCCACCGCACCUGUUGUCCCGUCAUCUGUCGCUGCCCCCCCUGUUGUCUCAUUAAACUCGUCUACUGAUCCUCCGCUGCGUUUCACCUUCGAUGAGCUGAAUUUACCAGACUUGUAUGCAUCUUUCAAGUCUCUCGUCAAGACCAUGCGUGAGAGGGGAGGCUCACAGUCGGAUGUUGUUCCCCUGGCUCUCCCAAAUAAUGACACUACCCCACUCCACACUCCAACUCUGCUGCCAUUGUCUCCUCACCCUGGACCACCUGCACCACCUGCGCCAGCUGCACCAGCCGCAAACCCUCCUCCACAAUACACGGUGCCACCUGACUGGUUCAGUAACCCUGAUUCUCUGAAGGAGAGCUUCCGCAUUGCCAGCAAUCUAGACUGGGCAAACAUAGACCUCUCUGGUCAUCCAGACCUGCUGGAGAGCAUGCGGCAGGCGGAGCUCUGUGACUGGGCCCUGGACCCGGCGCUCUUCACCUCCCUCUGCGACUCCCUGAACCGCUUCUUCACUCAGAAAGGCAUGAUCACCUCCGGGAACAACUCCCCACUGGCCCUCGGUGCGCCUCAGUCCUUACAAGUCCCACCGUUUGUCUCCAAUCCGCCCCCAACCCUCGCCAGCCUCACCCACCCCUCGCCCCUCCCCUACUCUCCCGCGGUCCCCCCUGCCAACGGAGCACAGCCGCCCCGGAGGGCUCUGCACAUGCAGGCGCCAGGCCUUCAAAGACCACAGCUGACGCAGCCUGCAAACACAACCGCUGGGAUGCAGCCUCAGUCUGCGACGCCGCGACAGCGUCCUCCAUUAAAGAACCUGCACAGCAACAGUGAGGAGAUCCAGGAUGACUUCGACUGGGAUUCUCUGCUCGCCUGACCCUCGCCGCCGUCUGCGAAAGUAUAAACGGUGAAAAACAGAGAAAUGUGACUCUUGACAGCCGUGUUCACUAAACUCUACGCAGAGGCUGCCUCACUGGUGUGCGUCUUGAAGCUCCUCUGAGAGCAAGUUUGGGAUCCAGUCACGUCUCAUACGACUGAAUGCUGUAUUUCAAGUUUUUUCCACCUGUAUUCAAAUUCAUAUGCUGUAAUAACUUUUGUUUAGCUUAUCUCCUGCAGGGUGUUGUUUUCUAAUGGACUGUAGUUUUAUAAAAACAUGUUCAACCAAAGAAAAUAAAGUGUAAAUUUAUUCUUGUCA